CAACAUCACCACGGUUGCCUUGCUUAGACCGCCCUUUUCAGUUACAAAACCGCGUUCACUUUCUUCUCUGCACCCAAACUGCUAUACAUCUUCAACUCAUCAUCGUACCAAAGCAGCUGACAAGUUCCGCAAUACAUUAAUUUUUUGCAAAUCGCCUAUUGUCAGAAUGAUUGGCCGUAGCACAGAAGUCGACGAAUUCCGCGCUCUCGUUGAAGCCAUCAAUGAGAAACUCGGGCCCAGCAGCGGUAUAGAUUCUGCAGAUGUAGAUGAGAAUGAGCUUCAACAGCUCAUGGAGGCCUACGUUUCCAAUGAGUCAGAAUGGAAGAGAUAUUAUUUCGCCUCAGACAAAGUGCCCUACACACGCAACCUAGUAGACAAGGGUAACGGCAAGAGUAAUCUGCUUAUCCUAGUAUGGGGCCCCGGUAAGAAGAGUCCGAUUCACGACCACGCCAACGCACACUGCAUCAUGAAGAUGCUCAGGGGCCGCCUGACCGAAACCCGUUUCGCCACUCCUUCAGAUGAAGACGUGCGAAAUCAUCGCCCCAUGAAAAAGAUUCGCGAGACUACGUACUCGGAGAAUCAAGUCACGUACAUGGCGGAUAAUCUGGGUACACACCGUAUUUCCAACCCUGAUCCGACUGACUACGCCGUUUCUCUACAUUUGUAUACACCACCUAAUGCGGCUACGUUCGGAUGCAAUGUCUUCAAGGAAGACACGUCUGAUGUCAUUCAUAACAAACAAUGUCAUUUCUUUUCCGAGUACGGCGUCAAAAUGAGCAGGGACUGAGGCGUAGAUACAGUGGCAUCGACGUGACAUUAUGACUGGUUAUAGAAGUGUUUUUUUUUCGAACAGACUCAGAUUGUAUGCCAUUUGUUUCAACAACUUAUUCUCUAUAUAUUACACAGAUUUACUUGGUCAGGAGAGUUCUUCUAGCGUUUAGUCACGAUUAUGAAUACGAAAUCUUUCCUUUUU